GCAACUGCAGCAGCAGCGGCAGACGACGACGACGACGAUACACACACAGACACAUCGACCGCGAUCGUCAACGGUCACACACGCGUUUUGGUGUCGUACGCACACGCACACGAAUACGAGUCAGCCGCUCCGCGUCGUCGAUCUUUUCUACGCACACGAACAGAUAUUAUAAUAAUUUUUUAUUCGUUAUAAUUCAUUUUUACGUGAUAUCUCGUCUCAAUAGUGCGUUAUUAUCGCGAUUUAAUUGACACGCGAUAAUUAAUACAUAAUAAAUCUGUGAUUUUUUUUUUUCGAGCGUGCGUAUUUUUUUUCGCGCGUUUUACCUACUCGGUUCAAUCGGAUCAAAAUAUCAAACUAUACACGCAGACUCAUCUGUCGUCGCGUUCGAAAUAGGUACGCAAACGGUUUGAGGGAAAAAAACCGUAACAAUAAUAUUAUAUACACCGCAUACACGUCGUAUACAAUAUAAUAUACGAAACACGCGAGCACGACAAGUGUUUUUCUUCACCGACGGUCGUCAGAGUUCGCGUGAAAAUCUUUUUUGGGGGCCGGUGAUGCGUGAUGGUCGGACCGCGCGCGUUAACGGUGAUGUUUUACGUGGCGGCUGCGUUGACGUUGGCUGCGGCUGCAGUGGCGGCGACGGCAGAGGCGCCGGAGUUUGUGGAGUUGACGACUUUCAACGUCAACAACAACAACAACAACAACAGCAACAGCAACAACAUCGAUCACAGCAACAACAACAACGGCAGCGAGGGCAACCACGACGACCGGCGGCCGACGACCGGGCCACCCGCCUUGGUUGACCAACAACCGCCGCAGCAGCAACAACAACAACAACAACAACAACCACCACAGCCCAGGAGAUUCAGGCACGAGGCGUCCGCGAUCAGAGUCAUCUAUCAGACAGGGAGCUCGGAGGAAGAGUUGCCGGUGUGCGAAAAGUGGGCGGUGUGCAGCAAGGUGGACAUGUAUCAAUGGCCGUGGGUGGAGAGGCAGUGCAGGUGUCCGCCGGGCGUGCCGCCGUGCUCGCAAAUGCUGUCGCCGGCUGACGGGCACACCAUCACCGACAAAACGAGGCAGUUCAAGCUAUGCGAGCCCAUCAAGAUGUUGCCCAAAUGUCGUUACUUCCGCGACAUGGCGUGGACACUGCGCAGCGAGGGAAACGGUACGCUGCAGACGGUCCACUGUCACUGUCCCAAGGGUUCGGUCGCCUACCUGCUGAAGCGGCAAGCGUACCAGACCGAGUCCAAACAGAUCGGUUACCAGUACUCGUUCGCAUGCUCCCCGCAGAGCAGGCUCCGGUGCCAGCGUAAAGAACCUUGCCGACUGUUCACCGUGCGCAAGCGACAGGAGAUGGUGGACGAGGUGAAUACCAACACGCUGUGCCAGUGCCCGCCGGAACACGCGUGUCCGUCCCAUCACUCGGACGCGGGAGUGAUUCAGAGUAAGAACUACUCGGAGGAGAACAUCCGGACGUACAGCGGAUAUUGUAUGCAACCAUCGGCCAACUAAACCAGCACCCACGUACCCUCGCUCAUACCCCUUCAGCCCUUAAACAGCCCGGCCACGUGGAGAGUAACCGACCACGAAGGGAACCUUUUUUUUUUUGAAAAAUUACUUUGAUUAAUAAAUUCGUCAAUAUUUUUGUCAUUACGACGAUAUCAUUACAAACAAAUGAUGAUGAUACAUAAUAUCAAUACACAAUGUAUACAUAUUAUUUAUUAUUCUUAAAAUUUUAUAUUUUCCGGUGGACAAAACGAAAUUACACGGAAUAUCACUCGAUUUUAACUAAAUAGGUAGGGACUCAUUUCCAGAGGUUAUUUAGAUAUAUAUAUUUCUCUUUGUUUUGUUGUAAUAAAUCAAAAUAGAAGAGCAUUUUUUUCCUACAGAAAUUACAAAUUAUUUAUAUUUUAUUCAACUAAAUUAUUUUUAUACCAAAAUCAUUAAGAUAAAUAUUAAUAUUAAUAAUAUAUGUUUUAUCGUGUAAAUAUUUUACUACGUCGAUAAUGGUUUAUUAUUAUUAUUCUUUUUUUUUAUAUGAUGUUCUUGUUAUUUAAAUGUUUAGAAUGUUUUUCUUUUAGACUUUAUUAUAGGACUAUUAUUAUUAUUAUUAUUAUUUUUUUUUUUUAAUGAAAAACAUCAUUAUUUUUACCUUUAUUGUAAUCUUGUGUAAAUAAUUAUUAUCAUUUUAGAAUUUGAGUGAGUUGUACAAUACAUUUAUUUCUUGUGAAAUUUUAAAGACGUUGAUUAUCAAAAAAAAAAAAACAAAUAUUUUUAUUAAAACUUACAAAUACAUAUCGAGUUUAUUAAUGUUUGUAUUCUGUUAAAUGCAUACAUAUUAAAUUAAUCGUAGAUAUUGUCCAUAAUUUUUUCAACAUCAGACAACACAUAUAACAAUAUAUUAUUAUGCUGUUUGUCAUUUAAAAUUUUGUGUUAUUAGUUAUUAAGACUAUGUACCUAUUUCUAUUAUGUCACCGUUGAAUUUAUUAAAUGAAAAUGUACAAGGGUGUUGUCGUUUACAACCUAAACUAUAAAU